AUGCCUACCUCACGAUCGUCUCGCAAACAGAGCCGUUUGGCCUUCACGCCACUACCGUCUUCAUCACCAGCAGCGAAGGACUACCACCAGCAGAUACGCGAUCGCGCCGCCGCUGUGACUCUCGACAGCUCUCCCAGCUCGGCAAAGCGGCGUAAGGUCUCCACGAUCCCAACACCUGCCCCGUCACUGGAGAGACCGCUCAAGGCUUCAAAGGAACCCGUGUCUGAUCAUGAUAGUGAUGAUGAACCGAUCCAGCCUACACAGCGCAAGUCCCGCACUCGUUCUCAGCAGCAACGCCUAGACUUCAGUAGCGCCCGCGAUCCUGAGAGCUUCCACUCCCCAGUGAGACUGCCUUCCACGCGUGUGAGGUCUUCCGGCUCGGCGCAGAAAGGCUUGUUCAGCUCCGAGGGACAGCACGCGCUUGUGGACCUGUCCAGCGACUCCGAGUCGGAGCUGCCCGUCCUCAAGAAGGCAGUGGCGAAGCCUCGCAGGCCAGCCGCUGAGGAGAAAGAGGAAGCACCUGCAGAGGACGACGAAGACGAAGAAAGCGACGUGGUAACAUCGACUGCGAUACGUAGGAGACAGAAGCGAGUACUGCAAGAGAGUGAAGACGAAGACGGAAUGCCAACGACGAGUGGCAAGCAGAAGCGGAAGCCAAAGCGUAGGGGCUCUCACAGCAGCUUCAUCGUUGAUUCACCACCGGCGGCAAUCGAGAGUGAGGAUGACGACGUGAUUGAAGUAGAGCGACCAAGCCGGAAGCGGCGGAGGCAGGCGAGCGAAAGCGAGGAAGAGGCCGAACAGGACGAUGCAGACGCGCCAAAGACGCCAAGCAGACGGAGACUAAAGCAGCGGAGAGUGCUGUCGCAGCAGGAAAGAGAAGAUCUAGCCGAGGAUAUGGGUGAUCUUGGGGCCAGCAGCGAUUUCGAAUUCAACCCGACGACCUCUCAAUCGACUCAAAAGAGUGCUAGACAAGCUGCACUGGACAGGCUCAAACGCAAGCGAACAGGCCAAUUACCGCAGGUGGUGGAAGAUGACAACGAGGAGCUCGAGGAUGAUGGAGGCCAAGAGCAGGAAGAGAUCCCUGACGACGGGGAGGAUGAUGAGGAUGAGGACGAGGUACAAAUCACAAGCAGCCGCCACAUAUUCAAGCCGGACGAAAACGACGAUGACUUUGUGGUUGAAGAAGAAGAGGAAGGACCAGUUGGAGUACCAGAUCAUGGCUUGCCGAUCGAGUUCACCAAGUACGCUUCUAUGAAGCCAAAGGAGCUGUUCAAGUACGCAGUUGAGUGGAUGGUACAGAAGAAGAUCAACCCUGCGUUCAAGAGCGAUGAUCAGCUCUACGAUCUCACAUUCAGAAAGCUCGAUGACGAAGUGCGAGGGCUUGCUGGGUCGAAGUUCACAUCGUCCGCGUGGAAGCCCGAUUUCACUCUCGCUUUACAAGCACGACCUGAGAUCGCCUUCGAGCAGCUCGAUCGCUCGGCCGCAGAGCACUACCUUCGAGAUAAGUGCGACGCUUGCAAUCGCAGUAACCAUCCAGCAACUUGGGAGAUUCAAUUCCGCGGUCAACCAUAUCACCGAAACACUCUGGAAGAUGUUGCGAAUGACGACGACGAGGGUGAGCACGAGGAUUCCGACUCCGAUUCUGACGCCGAGGGCGACCGGGCAGACAGGCCAGCGUGGGAUGCCCAAGACCGUGAGAUUGUGCCAGAAACACAUAUCUUCUAUGUUGGCAAGUUCUGCAAGAGCAACGCGGAAACAGCGCACAACCUUCAACACUGGCGUCACGCUCUGAACCAAUGGGUGCUCACUUUCCUCACUGGGAGAGGGUAUUUCCACGCGGAGCGCAUCGUCGAGCGUGAUCGGUGGAACACCAAGAAGAGGCGCAAGUAUGCAAACAAGAUCGUCGACCAGAUGGAGCGUGAUGGUGAGAUUAAGCGAUUAUGGCGGAGCUUCAGGGAUCAAGUCGAUGUGGCGAGGCAGUCCAAGGAGGGUGGUCGGUUCGCCCAAGGUAGUCCUUGA